AGAACACACCGCUUCGGCGCCAUGGCUGCCGCAGCGGCUGCCAGCGGGGCAGCCGAGAAGCGGAAGCGGCCGAACGGCGGUGAUGGCGAUGAGGAUCAGUGCGGCCAUCUGGAUGAGGCCAUCGAGCAGUCCCUUUCCAUCGCUAGUGCGCUGCAGGAGAUCAAAAAUGGCCUUACGCAGCGAGAGCGGGCCAUGGGCGGGACGGCGGACACAAGCGAGCCAUGCGUAAGAGGAGAUCAGAUGGGAUGAGAGGCAGGGAAUCCAUGAAUGCGGCUGUGUGCGUUGCUGUGCGUGUGCGUCAGGCCGAGCUCAUGCGUGACAUCUUGUCGUUCAAUGUGGCCGGGGAGAUCGUGAAAGCCCGGCGGUCCACUCUGUGCGCCGUCAAGGGCACCGUUAUGGCACUCCUGUUCUCGGGCCGCUUCGACAACGCCUUCAUUCGUGACAAUGACAAGCGCAUUUUUCUCCAGUCGUUCCCCGAUGCUUUCACGUGGUAGGCAGACAUAGCAGCAUGACUGUGGCCGUGGGUGGAUCUCAGGUGUGUGUGUGCGUGCGCAUUGUUUUUCAGGUUGGUAGGGCAGCUCAUCACAUACGUCGGCGAGCAGACCAUCGAUAGCAUCGUCAUACCGCCUUCGAGACAGAACGAUACGCCAUUCAAGUCAGCCACACCAUUGACAGACGGCAGGCUGCCUGUCUGUGUUGCCGUUGAUAGCAUGAUGUGGUCUGGUGUGGUUGGUCUCAUUUAGGUAUUGGGUAGAGUUGUUAAUGUCCGACCCAGCGGCCAAGUGCAAGCGGCGUGCGAGCCGUGUGCAGAUCCCCCCACUCACACAAGACCAGCAGGAGGAGCAGCAGCAGGGGACGGGCGGCGAGCAGCAGCAGCAGCAGAAGAGAGAUGCUGAGGACCUCUCUGUGGAGCUGACCAGUAUGAUCAGGAGGGCCAAGGCUGACAGGGAUGCCCAGAUGGAGCGCCUCGAGGCCAUCAGGCCGCUGCUCAAGACUGGCAACGUAGAGGACGAUGCGGUGAGGUGAACACAGCUUGGCAGGGGAAGGCCAACUCGACGACGCGCUCUGUGUGUCAUUUCCAUGUUGCCAGUUGGUGUCGAUUGAGGUGUCUGGCGCCGUCGUGACAGUAACGAAGGGUGUGGCGACAUCGCUCGGCGAGGACUCGACCUUCGCAAACCGAUUCCUCAAGUGAGCAGCUGCCGUCACUGCACACACACGCAGACAUCUCCAUCGGAUGCCAUCCUGCCUGCGUGUGUGUCAGGUAUGACCGCAGUAGCCAUGAGGUAGAUCCAGCGUACGUGCGGCGCAUAGUGGACGUGGUGGCGCGCGCCCACAUGAAGGCGGCGGCAGUCAAGGCGGGCGAUGUGCAGAGGGCGGUGGGGGAGAUGGCCAUCAAGGGAUACCGACACGCACUCACCAUGUAAGUGGACACUGGUAAUGCAUUGCCAGUACCCUGAUGGCUGACUGUGUCUGUAUGUGUGUUAGGUAUGGUUUGGAUAGCGAUCGCUAUUUGGGUCCGGCUAAUGCCCUGCUCACCACGGAGCACCUGCAGAAGAUGCGCGAGUGGGUCGAGCGUCGGCCAGUCGCGCCCAGCAGCAUCCCCGAGUGUGUCAGGGAACCGGUCAUGCGCAUUUACAAGUGAGGGAGGGAGGGAGCAGCAAGGCGGAAGACAUUCUCACUCACUCAUGUGUCUGUCUGUCUGUCUGUGUGUGUGUGUGUGUGUGUCAUGUGUGUCGUGUCAGGGCGUCGGUGGAUGGGUGGAAGUGGCUGGAUCUCCUCGAUGCCGUCAAGGGCCACUCCCCCCUGCUGCUCAUCUCCAAGGUGGCCGACAGCAAUGAGCUCUUCGCCAUCCUCAUCGAUGGUCGCAUCGAGGUCACGGGGGCGGCCGAGACCAAGCACGACAUCAAAUCGCACACCUUCAAGCUGCAGGGGACGGACAGCCACCCACACGUGGGCUAUAUGGGCUGGCGGCCCAACUUGUACAUCGCGGGCACACAGGUGGGUACUCAUUCGAAUGAGCCAUUCAGGCAGGCGGUCAUGGUGAUGGUCUCCUCUCCAUUCAUGUGUGCAGGAGAGAGUCCCCGAGCUCAUCGAUUUCUCAUCGCCCGACUCCCAGGCGACGGCCGUCCUCACCAUCGCGUGCUUCAAUUUCGGCAUCCGUCCGGCCGUGGACCAGAUCGGUGCCCCAGCAGCAGCCAGCGACGAGACCAUGAAGCGGUCUCAGGGGCACAUGCUGGAUCAGCCCAACGAGUGGCGGCAGUGGGAGCGGCCGAGCGUCAGGCCGAGCGACCACGGCUGGGGGGAUGAUAGAGCGUUUCUGCCUGUCUCAGUGCAGGGAUGGCACUUCAACCUCUCUGAGUUGGAGGUGUACAAAUUGGCGUGAGGGAUGGGGAGGGGAAGGGGAUGGAAUCAAUGGGGCCCAUAGCCG